AUGGAACGUGGACUUCGUCGGAACGACUCUGAACUCUUCAACGAGGAGACCACACAUUCAGACGCCAAAUCUAGCUCCUCGGAUGACACCGUCGAAGACUUCUCGGGGGCAUUGGAGGCUGAGGAAAGACUCGACAAGGGAAAUCCAGAAUACUCCCCAGACCUCGUCAAAUUGGCUGAGCUUUCACAAGAUGAUUGGGCAAAUGGAGCCGUCAACUACCUGCGUCUCGUUCUCCGGGAUACCUCCGCACACGUCGAACUUGAUAGGGUAGAAAUCUGCGAGGAGCCAAACUGGAGGGAAUACAUGUCGAAUAUCAUGAGAAAGGGCGAAUUUCAUCUGAUUGAAGUCAGUUCAGAACACGACGACCAAAAGAUGAUGUCUAUCAGAAAACUCCUAGAAGAGGAAUUAGGGUCUGCCGGCGAGGAAGACCUAGGACACACUGAUCCCCUGGGAGAGAUCCUGGAAUGGAUCAACUCGAAAAACAAGAGCACCAAUCUCAUGAUCGGCGAGUACAACUUCGACAGUACCUAUUUCAGUGGCGGAUACCACUGCGAAGGUACGAUGCUCUGCUUGCAGCUCCUCGCCAGAGUCAGAAACAACCUCAGUCCAGCUUCGAUAAACAGCGGCAUGGUCCUCCCGGAAAAGGAAGUCACGGAUCUAUUUCAGGACGACAUUGCCAUCAUGCCUUCGAGUAGGCUAUGCUGUCCUUCCUGCACUCACCUUCUCCAGUACUUCUACUACUACCACCGCCGCCGUACCCAGCCCAUCUGGGGAAGCGAGACCCACAAAGACUGGGUUCCUUGUUCACUGCCGCCGUGGAUUCCCAGGAAGGCGGGAGAAUGGAUGCUGGCUCAAGCUAGCAACGCCUUGAAGCAGCGACUGGAAGGUAUCAUUGACGCCAUGGAAGAGUCUAGGGCCGAUGAUGCCUUUCAGGCGUUGCUCCAGAGCCUGUGA